AAGAUCCUCACAACCAAUAUCAAUUUCCACAUGCACAUGCUUAUUAUUGUCUUUUAUGACAUCUUGUGCCAUCAAAGUCAUGCCAGGGAUGUACUUUGAGGGGAGGAGCUUUAAAUCCCUAUCUAGGUCAAAGCAAUGUUGGAAGUACCCUGAAAAAUGAUAUUCAGCACUCUGGAGAUAUUAUAAUAUUAACUGUGUCAUGAGCAUCUUCGUACUAAGACUUUUUCUGGAGAAUAUUGGAAAAGGAUUAAGUUCUGGAGAAACAACAGAUUAUGAUUCACUUUCGUGAAAAAAAAAAUUAGAACUUCCAAAAUAAGGUUUCUAAAAUAAGUAUAUUCUUAGGAGAUAAUAUCCCAAGUUUUGUCCAGUUGUUUCCAAUAAAUCAAGGCAAUGUAAGAACUUAAGUAAGUUGUACAAAAGGGAGAGUCCAAAUUUCUUUCUAUCUCUACGUCUCUCUUGUUGGCUCUGAUAAAUUAUAAUCAAUAUAAAAUUGAAACUUUUUCCCUUAUAUUUUGUCAAAUUAAUUUGGUGUAGGAGUAAUUCUGUCAAAAAUUUGUAAUUUAUUACUGAAUAACUGAAAAUUGUUGGAGAGAAUUUUAUGUUACAUUGUUGUGUAUGAAAAUUUUUCCUCUAGAACAUCACUCAACAAACAUAGGUUAAAUGAAGAUGUGGAAAAUGAGAAAGGAAUAAAUUUCCAAAUGAUCUGUCCUGAUAAAAAUAAUGUUCGAUUAUAGGAUUUUUAGAAAUUAAAUGAUGUCUUUCAAAAGAGGUAAGCCUUGGCAGCAACAGUAAGGUUGCUUCUUUGUGACUGGUCACAGGUUUGAGAUGUGGAAAUAUCCUCCUUGCAAAGCAAGGGUAAGGUUGUGUACAAAAACCUCCUCCUUUGACCCUUGAAAUGGGAAGCCUUGUGCACUGAGGAAGCCCUUUGUAUGAUAUCUUUGAAAGGGGUGGAGAAAAUACCGUACAACUGGAAGUUUCGCGGGCAUUUUCAUCAUAUUUUUUUUCCUGUUUAUUUCUAUUGUAGCCAAAUAAAGAAAAUGCUCCUUUUGCAUCUUCUUUUCUGUUCUCUUAGAAAAUCCCUGAAUCAAUCGGUAUGGGUUGGGUGGAGAACAUCCAAUUUGGUGGAGAGAGUUGGUUGAGGCAUUAUGAAAUUCUGGGGUUUGAUUGAGGAGUCUGGUGGCUAAUUCCUCUGGAUUAUCAAAUAGAUUGCAGGAUAGCUCAGUACAGGGCCCUUAGUCUUCGGCCUUGCUUGUUCACGAGUGCCUUGUACUAGUUGUCAGUAGCCUUCUUUCUUCUUCUGACGUGCUGGUUUUUUCUCCAUUAGCUUUGGGGUUAGGGGUUCCAUUAAGGAUGUUAGGAGGGAGGUCAGCAUUGCCAAGAGAGGGUGAACACUGUACAAUGGAGGCUCGGGAACUCUUGGUAAACUAAUUACUCUGAAAAAUAUCCAAGAGAGCAAAAAGAAAUUGUUAGGCCCCCGGUUUUGCAUACUUACUAUAGGCGUCACAAGCAUCCGAAGGGAGUUGAGGGUACAGCUGGAGGAAGCACCAAUCAGCUGGUGCGCUAAGGGGUAGGGUAGAUAUUUGGCUGGUUUGUGUAACAAACCAGCAGACACGCCUGCAUAACCAAAUACGGUUAUGCAGGAGAGAGAAGGGAAUAACAGCUUUUAAAAGGGGUAGGAAGAGAGGGAGGAGGGUGUGAAGAAUUUGGAGUGAUUGUAGGAGAGUUCUGGGCCUCUCGAACGCCCAAUUGUUGCUGUUCUUAUUUUCAUUUUCUUGUAAUUCCAAUUCUGAAAUACAAUUCAAUCCAUUUCAUCCAUUGGAGAUCCUUCCUAUCGGUUGGAUCUCAUCACCUUGGUAUCAGAGCAAUAGUCGAUCGCCAUGGUAAACUUAACCGAGAGGGUGGGGGACCUGGAGGGGAAGGUUGACACGAUGAGGGGAGAGAUUCAAACCAUCAACCGGAACGUAGCAGAAAUGCUGGAGCAGUUUGCUAUCAUGAUCACAAGGUGGGACGAACAGGAACGGGAGCGGAAGGCUAAGGCUCAUGGGAACGACUGGCCACCGGAAUUGACCCCAGAUUCCGAAGUGACACCAGGAGGGGGUAUGAGUCACAGAAUGGAGGGAAGCAUGAGCGCCGCAUGGCGACCGGAGGGGAGAGGUAGGAGGCUGGAAAUGCCUACCUUCGAAGGAGACAAUCCAGACGACUGGAUUUUCAGGGCGGAGAGAUACUUCACGACCAACCAGCUCUCGGAGGAUGAAAAGAUAGAGUCCGCUGCAUUAUGCUUCGAGGCAGGGGCCCUCGCUUGGUUCCAGUGGGAGUCUAGGCGCAGGGGGAUCCGUAGCUGGGAGGGGCUCAAGCAGGGAAUUCUUAACCGAUUCCGCCCAACUCAAGAAGGAUCGCUGGAAGAGAGGUUCCUUGCUCUGCGACAAGAAGGCACGAUUAAGGAAUAUAGGCUGAUGUUUGAGACAUUGGCGGUACCUGUGUCAGACGUCUUUGAGGCAUUCUUGGAAGGACAUUUCAUCAACGGCCUUAAGCCUGAAAUUAAGGCUGAGAUCAGGGUAUUACAACCCAGGGGGUUGGAUCGGGUCAUGCUAAUAGCGCAAUGUAUAGAGGAUAAAAAUGCAGUCGUCCUGAGCUGCGGUAGGGGGUUCGGACAAGUGGGAAGUAAAAUUCCCACCUACUCUACCACUAACACCGUUAGAAUCCCUCCCUCACAAUCCAGAAGCCCGACUCCUUAUUCGAGAGUCUCGAACCAGGUGAGUAGUAAGCUACCGGUGGCCGAGAGUGGUAGUAAUGUUCCUUUUAAACGGCUCAGUGAGGCUGAGUGGAAAGCCAAGAGAGAGAAGGGAUUGUGUUUCCGUUGUGAUGAGAAAUACUCGAUUGGCCACAGGUGCAAGAACAAGGAGCUGCACGUUAUGAUGAUCUAUGAUGAAGAAAAAGAGAGGGAAGGAUCCGAAAGGGGAACCACAGAGGUGAGAGAAGACGAGGGAGGAGAGGAAGUGCACCAAGGCAGUGAAAUCAUUGAACUCUCUAUGAAUUCAGUGGUUGGUUUAACAACACCGCAGACCAUGAAGCUACAAGGCGUUAUCGAAGGGCAACCAGUAGUAGUACUGAUCGAUGGAGGGGCGACGCACAACUUUAUAGCGGCCGAGUUAGUUCAACAACUGGGACUGCCGCGAACAGAAACGACUGGUUAUGGUGUUAUCAUGGGAACGGGAAUGGCAGUGCAAGGGGCCGGGAUUUGCAAGGGCGUAAAGUUGCAUCUACAAAACUUGCAAAUAGUGGAAGAUUUUCUACCUCUGGAGCUGGGCAGCUCAGAUGUAAUUCUUGGGAUGAAGUGGUUGGCUGCGGUGGGAAAAAUGAGAGUGGAUUGGAAGGCCUUGACUAUGAAGUUCCAGGUGGGGGGAUUAGCCGUGACCUUGCAGGGCGACCCUAGCUUGAGCAAAAGCUUGGUAUCCCUGAAGGCAAUGAUGAAGGCUUUCAAGGAGAAUGGAGAAGGAGUGCUGCUUGAAUUGGGAACGAUGGCAUCUGAUUACAGUGACAAAACGGUCGAGAUCCCACCGUUCCUUAAGCAAGUGUUAGCUGAGUUCGAGGAGGUGUUUUCAGCACCUGAAGGGCUGCCUCCUUCCAGAAAGAAGGAUCAUGCCAUCAACCUGCUGCCAGGCACAACUCCAGUCAAUGUGCGGCCCUACCGUUAUCCCUAUCUACAGAAAAACGAGAUUGAAAAGAUGGUAGGAGAGAUGCUAGUCGCAGGGAUCAUACAACCCAGUUCCAGCCCCUUUUCGAGCCCGGUUCUGCUGGUCAAGAAGAAUGAUGGAGGGUGGAGGUUCUGUGUGGAUUAUAGGGCAUUAAAUAAGGUGACAGUGGCCGACAAAUUCCCAAUUCCAGUGAUUGAAGAGCUGCUGGAUGAGCUUCAUGGAGCCAAGGUCUUCUCCAAACUCGACCUUAAGUCCAGGUAUCACCAAAUUCGCGUCAAGGCAGAGGAUAUUCCAAAGACAGCAUUCCGGACGCAUGAAGGCCACUACGAAUUCCUCGUAAUGCCUUUUGGAUUGACUAACGCGCCAGCCACAUUUCAGUCACUGAUGAAUAACAUCUUCAGAGAACAGAUGAGGCGUUUCGUGCUAGUUUUCUUCGACGACAUCUUGGUUUUUAGCAAAGACUUUGAACAGCAUGCACAACACUUGUGCUCUGUUCUGGAGGUGUUGGCAGCUAACCAUUUAUUUGCGAAUAAGAAGAAGUGUUCAUUCGGACAAUUGGAAAUUGAGUACCUAGGUCACAUUAUAUCACAUGAAGGAGUCUCGGCUGAUUAUAACAAGGUAAAAGCCAUGUUAGAGUGGCCCUCUCCCGCCACACUGAAGGAGUUGCGUGGUUUUCUUGGUCUCACCGGGUACUAUAGGCGUUUUGUUAAAGAUUAUGGCAAGAUAGCUUGGCCACUCACGGACAGACUCAGGAAGGGUAAUUUCUUUUGGGAUGAAGCGGGUGAGCAAGCUUUUCGCCAGCUCAAAGCUGCCAUGGUGUCACUGCCCGUGUUGGCUUUGCCGAAUUUUGACAAACCAUUCGAGGUGGAGACAGAUGCUUCGGGACAUGGCAUGGGGGCUGUGUUAAUGCAAGACCAUCGACCUAUUGCAUACUUUAAUUAGGCGUUUAAU